AUGUCUUCAUCAAGAGCUCUCCGCCUCCAAUCGGCCCUCCGAACACCCACCCUCCGCUCCCCCGCACAACUCGCCCCUCGCCGGGGUUACGCUGUAAAAGAGCCGCCAGCACCAAACCCCAUCACCCCGUCCGGCACAGCACCAUCGGCCUCCAACCCAAAAGUCGGAACCAAGCCAGAUGAAGUCAGCAGCAAAACCGCACUCUACCUCAUCAUCGGCGCCGCCGUAGGCCUAGGUGGCACCUUUGCCUUCCUCACCGGUGCACCAGCCCACGCAGCCGGCGUAGCCGACGUCGUCACCCGCAGCAGCAACGGGCCGUCCUUCACCCCCGGCCUCGGCCCCAAACCCACGAGCGAGCGACAGUGA